AUGCUCAUCCCCAGUGGCGCCGCCACGGCUGUUUGUGCUGCCGUUGCCCUGACCGCCACCUCCCUUGCCCCCACCUCCCCCUUUGCCGUUGUUCCGAGCCUGCUUGCGGGGCUGGGUAGCGUUGAGGGAGGAGGAGGAGGGUUGGGAGGAGGCGAGGUUGACAAUGGGGGUGCGAAGUUUGACUUCGGUGUCUAUGAUCCACUGCUCAACGGAGGCGAGAUCGGCCAUGGGAUUGGCUUCGUCUGCAUCAGCGGUGGCUUGGUCGACGGUGAGUUGGAGGUCGGGUUCACGAGGAGGAUCGCCAGGAGAGGGAGGGAGAGGAGGGGUCUCGCCGGGGUGGUCAGGAGCGGUGGGGGGGAGAGCAUGGGGACGGCGGAGGAUGACGUCAAGGACGCGGUAGGGGGGAACCCAUGCAUCGGAGAGAACUCGACGAAUGCUGCCGAUGAAGGAGUGCCAGUUGACGGCGGAUUUGUCCGCGGCGAGCUGCAGCUUAUCGAUAGAGGAGUGGUCCCGGAGGGGCGUGAGGAGAGGUGGCGACGAGUCCGCGUAGGGGAAGGGCGCGGGCGGCAGCGGCUGUUGAGGCCGCAGGGCGCUGGCGCGGAGGCGGCGUCGAGGCCGCGGAGGGGGAGGGCGCUGGCAGCGACGGCUGGUGAGGCCGCGGCGGUGCUGGCGCGGAGGCGGCGUCGAGGCCGCGGAGUGGCGCGGGCGGCGGCUGGCGAGGCCGCGGCGAGGCGUGGAGGCGGCGGCGAGGCCGCGGAGGGGAAGGGCGCGGGCGGCGGCGGCUGGCGAGGCCGCGGCGGCGCUGGCGCGGAGGCGGCGUCGAGGCCGCGGAGGGGAAGGGCGCGGGUUGCGGCGACUGGCGAGGCUGCGGCGGCGCUGGCGCGGAGGCGGCGGCGAGGCCGCGGAGUGGCGCGGGCGGCGGCUGGCGAGGCCGCGGCGGCGCUGGCGCGGAGGCGGCGUCGAGGCCGCGGAGUGGCGCGGGCGGCGGCUGGUGAGGCCGCGGGGAGGCGCGGAGGCGGCGUCGAGGCCGCGGAGGGGAAGAGCGCGGGCGGCAGCGGCUGGUGA